AGUCCUUUGGCUGAUGUGAGAGGCCACGCAGAAAGCGAUGGAGUUGCUUUCUGUGCUCGACAAAAGUGCUUAGAUAGAAGACAGGGGCUCCCGGCUGGGAGGAGGGAGGCGAGCUGAAGAUCCCUGCCCGGGCUGGCUCAUCUAAGCAGUCAAAGUGGGAGCUGAGUGCUUGAAAGAGGACUGUGCUCGCACUAGAAAUAAGCAGUAAGUGAGCGAAUAACCACCUUGGUGCAGAAAAGGCUUAAUCCCCGCGGGGGUUAUAGGGUAAACUAGGAAAUAAUUAUUUAACUCUAGAGUAAAACUGUAAGAAAUCUGCGUACAGUGUGUGCUGUUUGGAGACUAGGGUUUUAAAUACAGAAUCAGAGCUCUAAAUUCCUCCUCCCACUUUUGGAAAAUGCCAACUUCUGAUUUCAGUAGUUGGAGUUAUUAUACUCUCCUUUCCUGACCUCGCCUCUCCCUAGGAAAAUCUACUGCUGUAUCAGAUAAAGAGUUGGGAUUAAAUUGGAAAGGUGGGAUGCUGGUAUUGGCAGAAACUGCAGCCUUGAAUUAUGUUCUAUGAAUUCGGAUAUUUUUGUAUCAAUUAGCACUGAUUUGCUAAUCACAAGAAAAUCUGGGGUGGGGCAUUAAAAAGGAAAAGUUGAGAGCUUUUAGGACAAAGAGGCUGAAUAGUCCUUAUGUGUGGGAUGAGAUAUAAAAAUGUAUAUAAUUAAUAAUAGUUGUUUAAAAAAAAGUAUUAAACUAGAACAGCAUGUCAGAAUAUUGUGCUUAGAUAAAAAUUAGUUAGAAAAGAAGAUAUUUUUGUUUCAAUGACUUUUUGUGGUAGCCUAAAUGUUCACAAUGCUUACAAAGACAAGACAGUGACUCAGGGAUACUUCUAUGAUUGUCAUACAUUAUAAAUACUAUUGCUGGGCAAAAUCUGUGGUUCUCUGGUCAGCAAGUUCUGGCAAUGAAGCCACUGCCUCUGCUGCAAAGAAUUCUGGGAUGUCUGACAGUGACAUGGAUGGAAGGACCCACAUUCCAUCUCUACUUAAUGUCCUUGUGUCCGGAAAUCGAGUCAUGCAAAUGAGCUACUUGAAAAGUAAAGAAAAAGGAUAUGGAAAACUAAGCAGUGAUGAAGACCUCGAGAUAAUUGUUGAUCAAAAGCAGGGAAAAGGCUCUAGGGCGGCAGAUAAGGCUGUUGCCAUGGUGAUGAAGGAGAUACCGAGGGAGGAGUCUGCUGAAGAAAAGCCCCUCCUUACUAUGACAUCACAGCUGGUGAAUGAACAGCAAGAAAGCAGACCCCUCCUGAGUCCCUCCAUCGAUGACUUUCUCUGUGAAACCAAAUCGGAGGCAAUAGCAAGGCCAGUAACGUCCAACACAGCUGUGUUGACCACAGGCUUAGACCUCCUUGACCUGAGUGAACCCGUCUCGCAAACCCAGACCAAAGCCAAGAAGCUGGAGGCCUCGUCGAAAACCGGAUCCCUCAAGAAGAAGGCCGAUGGCACCGAUCUCAUCGGGGCGGAGGCCGAACAGAGAGGCCAGCAGCCUCUUCGAGGCCCGGAGACGGCGUCCUUAGAUUUAGACAUUCAAACGCAACUGGAAAAAUGGGAUGAUGUUAAGUUUCAUGGAGAUCGCAGUAGCAAGGGUCAUCCAAUGGCAGAGAGAAAAUCAUGCUCCUCUAGAACUGGAUCGAAAGAACUCUUAUGGUCCUCUGAGCACAGAUCCCAGCCUGAACUCAGUGCUGGGAAAAGCGCCCUGAACGCCGCCGCUGAGUCAGCUGCAGAGCUGGAAUUAGUGCCUCCGACACAGGCUCGACUGACCAAAGAACAGCGCUGGGGAAGUGCAUUACUCUCCAGAAAUCACUCCUUAGAAGAGGAAUUUGAAAGGGCAAAAGCAGCAGUGGAGUCAGAUACAGAGUUUUGGGAUAAGAUGCAAGCAGAGUGGGAAGAAAUGGCCCGGAGGAACUGGAUAUCCGAGAACCAAGAAGCCCAGAACCAAGUUACCAUUUCAGCCAGCGAGAAGGGCUAUUACUUCCACACUGAAAACCCCUUCAAGGACUGGCCGGGCGCAUUUGAAGAAGGCUUGAAGAGGCUGAAGGAAGGGGACCUCCCCGUCACCAUCCUGUUCAUGGAGGCCGCGAUUCUUCAGGACCCGGGAGAUGCAGAGGCAUGGCAGUUCCUCGGGAUAACUCAGGCAGAGAAUGAAAACGAGCAAGCAGCUAUUGUCGCCCUCCAGAGGUGCUUAGAAUUGCAGCCCAACAACUUGAAAGCUUUGAUGGCUUUGGCCGUGAGCUACACGAACACGGGCCAUCAGCAGGAUGCCUGUGACGCGCUGAAGAACUGGAUUAAGCAAAACCCAAAGUACAAAUACCUGGUGAAGAGCAAGAAGGGAUCUCCAGGCCUGGCCCGGAGGAUGUCUAAGUCUCCGGUGGAGAGCUCUGUUCUGGAAGGCGUGAAGGAAUUAUAUCUGGAAGCCGCCCACCAAAACGGAGACGUGAUCGACCCAGACCUGCAGACAGGUCUCGGGGUGCUGUUCCACCUGAGCGGGGAGUUUAACAGAGCGAUCGAUGCCUUCAACGCCGCCUUAACUGUCCGGCCAGAGGACUAUUCCUUGUGGAACCGCCUGGGGGCGACCUUGGCGAAUGGAGACCGCAGCGAGGAAGCCGUGGAGGCCUACACGCGGGCGCUGGAGAUCCAGCCGGGCUUCAUCCGCUCCAGAUACAACCUGGGCAUCAGCUGCAUCAACCUGGGCGCCUACAGAGAAGCAGUCAGCAAUUUUCUCACUGCCCUCAGUCUGCAGAGGAAAAGCCGGAAUCAACAGCAAGUUCCUCAUCCUGCCAUCUCCGGGAACAUCUGGGCUGCCCUCAGAAUCGCGCUGUCUCUGAUGGACCAGCCAGAACUCUUCCAGGCGGCCAACCUCGGUGACCUGGAUGUCCUCCUAAGAGCUUUCAAUUUGGAUCCUUGAAAGAAAAGAAAACAUGAUAAUCCCUGUCUAUAUGUGUACUCAGAAAUGCAAACCUAUUUUAUUAUGAAUUCCAAAAUGGUGACACCGGAUGUUCAAAAGGCCGUGGUGAGAGAGCCUGAGGGAAUACCUACAGACAAUGCCCAGUCUCUGUUCAGAUCCUAAAGCACAAAAAUGUUAUAUGGAGUCAAGCUCGGGCUCGAAAGAAGAAGCGAGAGGCUCAAGACUAACCAAGAUAAAGUAACUAUGUGAAUACUCUUUCCACAAGCUGCAAGCCUGUCGCAAAACAUCUCCUUUGGGUUGUUGUCCCCACUUGCGACUGAUAACACAUCUAAGGGACUUGCUCGUGGGACACCUGGAGAAAGCACUGCCUCAGAUCAGGGAAUUCUGACUCUUUCUGAACUGUCCCGAAAUUCUCCCUUUUAGAAGAUUGAACGUAGUUUGGGCCAAGGUGCAUGCACAAAUAUUAACUCGACUAAAAAGAGGCAUUGCUUACACCCGUCCCAAUUUUAACUUUUACUGUAGCUUUUUGAUUCCAGAGAAGGAGCUUUGCUGGCAAAAAGCAGUUUUUGCACUAGAAAUUUUUUGCUGUUCCCAAUCAAAACUUUUCUGGGACUGUAUAUAUGCACUUUAAUAUCUUAUUUAUGCCUUGCUGGAGUUCUGUUUUGUUGCUCCAAUUUUUAACGUGGGGGGUAAAAGAUUUGGGAACUCAGCCUUGUUAGCUCAAUGGACCAAAUAAAAAUUCCUGAAAAUAGUUUUUCACAGUGUAGGGAUUUGAAGGAGUGUUUUCCUUAAAGCAGACGUGACAGAAGGUGUAAAUAUGCAAACACAGACCUUAUUCAUGUGCUGUCUGAGACUGUUUGACCUUAAGCAGGCGAUUAGGCCCUGUUUCUUCAUGCAUUCUCUGCAGGAUGGAAGUUCGAUGAUGUCAUGAUUUCUAAUGAGUUAACAUUAACUUACCUAAAUUUCAUAUUUUACUUGCUUACCAACUGCCCGGCACACUGAUAUUCCUUUUCCAUUGUUAAUAUUUUAAAUAGCAUUUCUUAAGAGUGAUAAAUACAUUUUU